UUCACGAUUUUUCCCUCGGUCCGAUACUCGCAUCAGUCACUGACUGACUGCGGAUUCGGAAUCUCGUGCCGUGUCUGUGUUGAUUUUCGUGUCGUUCUUGUGCUCUCCCUUGUACCGAAGUUGGUGGAAAGUGGAAAAUAGUGCUUAGGGUGAAGGGAAGGAUCAUCCACGGAACAGCGAGAAGAAGGCAAAACGCGAUAAUAAGAACCAUUGAGCAAUUCUGGUGAAAAUGUGCUCCGCGAAGAAAAUAAAAUAGAAAUUCGAGACGGUCGACGAUUGACGGCGGUGGUAGUAUUGAAGAAAAACGUUUUUCGUUUCGGUUUUACCGUGGUAUACCUAUAGGCCAAAUUAAAAAUCCCGUACGCUCAGUGUCAAAUAUUUUCAUCCCGGUCGUCGGGCAUCUGUCUAGUGAGUGUCCCAUUCCCAUGCAAAAUACGCACGCAAAAGUGUUGUGUCUCGGUGAAAAUUCGUGAAUUUCGUGUGAAAAUUUGUGUGGAUUUCUCGGGGUUAUCCCGUUCCUGUGUUCGGCAGAAGAUAAGUGGAUGGUGUAAGCAUAAAAAAGUACUACCAUAAAAGGACGAAAUAACUUCCCUUUAUCGCAGGAAGACGGAAACAGUUUAUCAUUCCAGCUGAUGGCAGACUAGAAUCGUCAAGACAUGCGAGUGAUGCAAAAAUGGGUCGCGAUAGUUUAAAAAUAGAAGAUCGAUGCAAGUGGUACCUAACGCAGUGUGGAGACAGUGUGUUCCGUAGUGACAAAACAAACAGAAGAUCGUGCAUGCUAAACAAAAAUCUUAACCAGUGCAGAAUCAAGUGAUAGUUUGUUCAGAGAGAAAGAAAUUGUGAAAGUGGCAGUCGAAAAGUAAUAGUCGUCUUUCCGACGGGAAGGAGAAGAACCCACAGUAAUUUUGAAUCUUAGCAGUAAGACAGCAUUUCCGUAGUUAACAGUAGAUAAUGACCGCUGCAGUUAUGGCGGCUACCGACGGCAGUUAUGAUCCAGUGAUUUCAAAGCUCAUCACAUCCCUGAAGGAAGCGGACAGUUUAUCGGACGAACAGGAUCUUGGCUUCCUGCAGAACUUGCUCCAAUCCAAGGAGCUCAACGCACUCGUCAACGUUCACAGCAAAGUUGCCAAAAUCAACAAGGAUGAUCGGAUAGCACCGCUCCUGUCCACGUCCAUGCAGGUGCUGCUAGAGGUAUUAGAACUACUUGCACCCCGAUGCCACAUCUCGCCGCUGUGUAAGGAAAUAUUCCAUCUGCUGCAGACGCCACACUUGCAGAGUCUCCUGUUCGCACACGAUGCCAUAGCGCAAAAAGACUUCUACCCUCACCUGCCGGAGAUUCCAGUCGAAGUGGACGAAGAUGAGGAAACAAUCAAAAUCGUACAGCUAGUGAAAAGUAAUGAACCAUUGUGUGCUGGAGCACAGAGUGCGGAACCAAUCGUAGGUGCCACAAUCAAAACCGACGAGGAAACGGGUAAAAUCAUCAUCGCCCGAAUUAUGCACGGUGGAGCUGCCGACCGGUCCGGAUUGAUCCACGUGGGCGACGAGGUGAUCGAAGUUAACAAUAUCAACGUCGAGGGUAAAACGCCAAGCGAUGUCCUGUCGAUACUGCAAAACUCGGAAGGAACGAUCACCUUCAAGCUGGUUCCUUCAGACGGAAAGUUGGACCAGCGGGAGAGCAAAGUACGCGUGAAGACGUACUUCGACUAUGAACCGGAGAACGAUCCGUACAUCCCGUGCAAGGAGGCCGGGUUGGGAUUCUGCCGGGGCGAUAUCCUGCAUAUUGUUUCACAGGACGACUCAUAUUGGUGGCAAGCUCGGAGAGAGGGUGAAAAGACAACGAGAGCGGGUCUUAUUCCUAGCCGUGCACUGCAGGAAAGGCGAAUUCUGCACGAUCGCACUCAAAAGGAAACAAACGGCGAAGCUAAGAAAGGUUCAUGUGCCUCCAUCUGUUCGACACCUCCCGGUUCGCCCAAUCCUAACAUUCCUUGUCGAGGACCGAAAACUAAAAAGAUUAUGUACGAUACAGCGGAGAACGACGACUUCGAUCGGGAGAUGAUCGCAACGUACGAGGAGGUGGCCAAACUGUACCCUAGGCCGGGUGUCUACCGACCGAUCGUGCUGAUCGGAGCGCCCGGUGUCGGCCGGAACGAGCUGAAACGUCGGCUUGUUGCGCGGGAUCCGGAGAGAUAUAAGAGCUGUGUGCCAUAUACCACUCGCCCGAUGCGUCCGGGUGAAGUAGCCGGGCGAGAGUACCUCUUUGUGUCGCGCGAAAAGAUGGAAAGCGACAUAGCCAACGGGAAGUUCAUCGAGUACGGCGAAUACAAGGGUCACCUGUACGGAACUUCGGCAGAAAGCGUGAAGAGUAUCGUGAACGCAAGCUGCGUAUGUGUUCUUAGUCCGCACUACCAGGCGCUGAAAUCGCUGAGGACCGCUCAGCUUAAGCCGUACAUUGUGCAUAUUCGACCACCGCCGUUUGACCAGUUGAAGCAAACUCGAACCAAGGCUCGUGCUCGGUCGACGUUCGACGAAACCAACUCGAGAGGAUUCACGGACGAAGAGUUCAAUGAGAUGAUCAAAUCGGACGAGCGGAUCAACUUCCUGUACGGUCACUUCUGCGAUGACGAAAUCGUCAACGGCGACCUGACGGAGGCGUUCGAGAAGCUCGUCAACCUAGCCAACAAGUCCGAAACGGAACCGCUGUGGGCUCCGGCCAGUUGGGUGCAAUGAAGGCACAUCUGCUCUGCCGCCGCUGGUGCUAUCGCUGCUGCUACUGUUGUCACUACCGAUGCCGCUGCUGCCGGGCCGGAAUUUGUUGAGCUUACUUGGGGACGUUCAUAAGGUGUUCGUAACUUAAAACCAAUUGAAUAGAGUAUGUUAUUUUCGUUGUUGCCACAAAUGAGCUGGAAGCGUGGAGGAUGCUCCCACUCCCACAAAUACCGUCUUAUGUAUAAGCGAUAGACGUUAUGUGCCGAACUGUGCUAGGGAUAGCCCCCACCGUAAAGCUGGCGUAUGAGAGUUAACGAAAAGGCGUUUAAUCGAUAGGCUAAAUUUUAGUUGAAAUAUUGUAUCAUUUUGUUAUCUGAAAAGUUGAUUACUAGAAAAUUUAGUGUUUUUGACCAUAGCAGUCAGAGCGAGUAAAGUUUUUCAGUCAACAAUCGCUAAGAUAAAUGCUUUAGUUAAUUAUUUACUAAAGCUUGUGUACGAAACUGCUACUAUCGUCUUAAACAUCCAUUUUCCAGUAAUCAAUCAACGUUUAAGGUUAGUUAAUAGUUAAAUUUUAUUUUGCGGUGAGAAUUCAACGUCUCAACAACCCUCAGAGAACCAAACGUCCAUUCUUAGAUUAUAUAGGUUUGACAUCGGUUUGUUCGCGCUGACAUUACGCAGUUAUAAUUUAAAAAGUAGUUUGAAUUUCAACCUGAUCAUUAAAUAAAAAAAAACAAUGUGCAGUUGGCAAUAAAGAAAUGAUUUGAAGUGCUUCUAAGUGAUUGAAUAAUUUUUCCAUUCAUAUGAAUCGUGCCUGAUUUCAGUAAAAAAAAAAGUAUGUUCUACUGGUAAUCAAAAAUACAAGCUUGAGAUAAUACUGAAUUGAUACGCACUGGUAAAACAUGUUUGAGUUGUUUAUAGGUUAAAUGAAGCAUACAAGUAAUGUAAAAGGAUACGUUUCACUGCCCUUCGAUUCAGAGUAAAUUUGGUAUAGGUGACACGGAAACGACGAUGAAACACGUCGUAGGUUGAUUUCUAAAAAUAAAUCCUCUGUUUUAUUUGUGAAC